AUGCUUCAAGAUGAAAUCUUUAUCCUCAAGAGAUCACUGUAUGAAUCAGAAUUUGAAUUCAGAAGAUUGAAAGCUUCAUAUCAGAUGCUAUCCUUAGAGUGUGAUGAGCUAAAAGCUAAGAAUGUAUCUUACAAUCGAAGAAUCUCAACAACUGAGAAAGUUACAUCAGAGUUGGAGGACUGCAAGUGUAGUAAAAUUGAGCUUGAGGAAAAAAAUUUACGCCUGCAAUGGAAUCUAACCAUAAAAGAAGCUUCUUGUCACAAUAAUGCUCAAUUAAAGUAUGAAGUUGCACAAAUCAAGGACUGGCACUUGAGAAUCCUAGAAGGUAACAACUUGAUGGUAGAGAACAAUGAAGAAAAUGUGAAAAAAGACCUUGAGCUUCCUUUAGUUGACCUUGCUACAAUUGUCAAAGCUACUGAUGGGUUCUCAAUUAACAAUAAGCUGGGAGAAGGUGGAUUUGGGGUUGUAUACAUGGGUACCCUAGACGAUGGACAUGAAAUUGCUGUGAAGAGGCUCUCACAAAGUUCUGGACAAGGCUAUAAUGAAUUUAAGAAUGAAGUCAUAUUGAUUGCCAAAAUUCAGAAUCAAAACCUAGUCAAGUUUCUUGGUCGUUGCAUUGAAGGAGAGGAGAAGAUGGUUAUAUAUGAAUGCAUGCCUAACAAAAGCCUAAAAUCCUUUAUCUUUGGUUAUGAUUUCUUCACAUCUUAUGCAAUUUAA